GAAUGACACAGAGCAGAGGAGCGCAGGUGUGAUAUAGAGACAGUGUAGAGAGACACUCACGGAUCUACAGCAAUGGCAGUUACUAAUUUCCAGUACAUUACUCGGAUGAGCAGCGGCUUUAAAGUGUACAUCCUGGAGGGUCAGCCCAACCUGAGGAGUGAAGACAGGUUCCGUCACAUCAGUGACAGAGUCCAAGUAAUCCCUGCUCAUCCACACAAACAAAAGCACAGCUCAGAAAGAGGGUGGACACUCGAGGAGAGGAGAGAAAGAGCUGUGAGAAAGAGUCUGGCCAACACCAUCAGGAGAUCAUCAAGUUUCAGCAUGCCUGAAAGUCCUACAUCCACCUGGAGUCCCAAAGCCAGCCCUACUCACCUCAUCCCCAGUCCAGUCUACUCCACACCAAUCACAGACGAACCUCUCCCUCUCAUCAAGAAACCCAGACGGGAGCCAGAAAAGAUGGAGGAGAAGAAUAAAACUUCAGACAGACAUAUACAGAUUCGUCCCUCGGUGAUCACUUGUGCUUCAUCAUCAAAGUCCAUGCGUAGGACUGAAGACAGUUAUGGUCAUUCCACUGUUAUUGCGCACCACAGUUACGAUCAUGUUGAGGAGCAUUUCCAGAGAAGUCUCGGGAUGAACUACCACAAAGGAUCUUCCAAGCAGCUCUCAAUCAGUGUAUCUGUGGAUGACCACUUUGCAAAGGCCCUUGGGGAGAAGUGGCUGGAGCUCCAAGCAUCGUCUUCCUUUUGCGCUUCCUCAUCAUCACCAUCGUCAUCAUCCUCUUCAUCUUCACCCAGCAGUCCCACAUUCAUCCACUCACCUUGCUAUAUCCAAAGUCCCAAACAGAUCUGCAAAGAUUCCACCAGCAAGACUACAACCACUCCCAGUCUGAGAUCAGGGAAUUAAAAACAAUGAGAGAAAGUAUUAAUAUUUAAUGAGUGAACUUAUCUGCGUAAGAUUUCACAGAAGCUAUGUGCCAUUAGUGCCGGCUGUAUAAAUGCACCAAAAGAAAACUGACAGGGAGAGGAGAGUGAAGCCAUACUGAGCACUUGGUAUGAAUCUACUUUGUAGUGAAUCACUUCCUGUUUUAGGUGUGUCUCUAUACAUAUACUUCGAGCAGUUGAGCACAAUAUGUCCUAAUUUCAAGGAUAUUAAUAUUUCAUGGUGGCAAUGUAACUGGUAAAGUAGUGUAACCAGAUACAUUUCAUAGUUUUUUAACAUGCUUUACAUCAUUUUGUUACUCAUUUUUUGUUGUCCUUGCACUGAUAGAUAAUUUAAUUUCAUUUUGUUUUGCAGUAUUUGUCUAUAAGAUUAUACUAAGUAACGGUACUAAAGGUAUUUAUUUGUAAUUUGAUCCCAAAGGCCAAAAGUAGUCGCAUGGAAAAUUAUUUUUUGUACACUAAAACAGUAAAAAAGAUUAUUAUGAUAUCUGUACAGAUGUUUCCCACUGCCCAGAACAUUUAAAAACUAAGCAAAUUAGCAACAUUUCUAGAAAAGUCAUUGAAGUGUUGAAAAUGUGCAGAAAAUCCCCAAAAUGUGUAAAGACUAGAGGGGUUCCUGGACCAGGGAUGAGAAACUGAAGCGUGGUAUAAUGUCUUGAUUUCAAUUUUUGUUCAGAUUUUAAGGUUUCGCUACUGUAAAUAUUUGUAAUAAAGUCUAUUCAUUUACAA